AGGUGCCCUUGACACAAGAAACGUAGCUUACUGAACAUUCCAAUAAGGAUGGAUAGAGAUAAAAAUCCCAAGAAUGAAGAAGAUGAAAGUACAGACACUAAAGCAACAAGAGAUUUCAGAAAUUCUAUUCAAAAUGCAGAAUGUGAGGCCUUAUCUGAUCUGAAAUCAGACCUUUCCCCAGAGGAAGCACAUGGAGAUCUUGAGAAGACAGAAGAGAAUGGAAUAAACAAAAGAGGAUUUUCUGAAUCUUCAAAUUCUUUAAAUGCUGAUGUGGAUAAAAAUAGAAAUGAGCAUUUCCCAAAACGAAUAAAGCUGGAUGUCUCAGAAUACCUUAAAGCAGAGGAGAAUUAUCUUCAGAGUUCAGUUACAGCAGUGGGAAUCACUGUAGAUAGUGUACAGAAGCCCUUAGUGAAUGAAUUCCCAUGUCUUCCAAAUUUAUUGUCUUCUAAUUGUGACCUCAGUGUUGCUGAUCAAGCAGCUCCAAAAAUACAUGCAGAUAAAAAGUACAUGGAAAAUGUUGUUUCUCUUGAUCCUAAAAAUGUAUCUUCUCUUCACUUGGAAGAAAUCAGUGUUAGUUGUACAGUAGGAGAUGUAGAUUCAGUUUUUAAAUGUAAAAUAUGUGAUCAGUUGUUUUCUACUUGUUCUGAUCUGGAAAAACAUUCUGAAAGUCAUGUAAAACAUUCUAAAGAGCUUAUCUGCCACCAAUGUAGCCACAAAGCAGAGAACAGUUCAUCCUUACAUGCACAUAUCAAACAAACACAUGGGCAACAAAGUAUCUUUUGUUGUGAUCUUUGUGGUUUUCAGUGUGUUGAAGAAAAUCUUUUGGAUGCUCAUUACCUUGGCAAGACACACCUCCGACGUCAGAACCUUGCUGCUCGUGGGGGAUUUGUCCAGAUACUGACAAAAAAAUCAUUUUGUAAAAAACAGUAUACAACAGACACAGAAAAGACAGUGAGAGCAAAACCUAGAGCUCGUAAGUCGAGAAGUAAGAAUGCUGAUUCACGACGAUUAAGAAAUACUCAAAAUAAACUUCAGGUUUUGAAAGAAAGCCUUUCUAAACCAAGUGGUGACAAUGAGCUUUUUGUUGAAAUGAUACCAUCUAAAAAUAUUUCCACAGAAAACCUGAAGAGUUGUGAAGAAGAAAAAGUUAUUUCACUUAGUGUAGAGAGAAAUAUUGAAGGCCAGGAAAAAAAUCUAGGUCCAUUAGUAACUUCAGAAGAUCUUUUAGAUAAAUUAGAACCUAAGAAUGACCUACGGACAGUUCAUAGUAUUAAUACAGUGAGGAGACUGGAAAGAAAAAGACCCGAACGAAGUGUUUUAAUGUUAAGCUCUGGCUUUAGACGAAGAAGUGGAUCUUUUACCUUAAAAAGUCAGGCAAAGAAAAGACUUAGUCUUUUGGGAAUUAGCAAAAAAGGCAAAAAUGAAGCACACAGGAUGUUUAUGAAACACCUAAGAACUCAGAUGAAGCCAAAUGAUGCAAAGUCAACAGCUAAGCAAUUAGAAACUAAUAAUGAUGUCAACAGUUUGUGUAUGACUACCUCAGAAACCCAGGAAUUUAUGCAAACUAAGACAAAAUCUCACCCUCUAUCCUCUACAGAACUUGACUCUUUGGUAAUGGAGCCACUUUCUGGUCACCAAAUGUUAUGUACUUGUACCUACUGUGGCCAUACCUCUGCAAACAGGAAUAAUUUGGAAAUACAUAUGAAGAGAUGCCAUGGAAGAGAGGUAAAAUUUCACUGUCAGACCUGUGAUUAUUCUGGUUUGUCACAGGGAGACUUAGACAGACACUUGAAGAAUAACCAGCAUCAGGCGGCUGAAUGUAUAUUUAGUUGUCAGUGUUGUUCAUUUAUUUCUGUGAAUGAAAUAAAUCUUAGAGACCACAUGAAGGAAGAGCACAAUCUGAAUUUUGCUUGUUCUCAUUGUAAUCUAUUCUUCCUGUCUGGCAAAGACUUGGCAGACCAUGAAACCACUGAGCAACAUACGAAUUUAUCAGUGCAUUCAAAGAGUUCUCAAUCAGCUAGCAAUGCUUUGACUUUACAAACUAAAACUUCAAUUACUUCUGAAUUAAGUGAUAAUAGAAAAGACUCUAUUGAUAAAACAGAAAAAGCUUUUCAGGAGGAUGUCCAUAAACUCUCUAAAUUGAGCCAUGGAAGUGAAAUAAAGCAUUCUACCUUGACUAAGCCCCAGUUUCAAUGUAAGAAGUGUUUUUAUAAAACAAGGUCUUCUACAGUUCUUACAAGACAUAUAAAGCUUCGGCAUGCUCAAGACUAUCACUUUCUAUGCAAAGCAUGUAAUCUCUAUUCCUUGAGCAAAGAAGGAAUGGAGAAACACAUUAAAAGAAGCAAGCAUCUUGAAAAUGCUAGAAAAAAUAACAUUGGUUUACGUUUUGAAGAAUGUAUUGAAAGGGUUUGUAUAGGUGCAAGUGAUAAAAAAGAUGAGGCUAAUAUUUCUGGGAAUGGAACAGCUGAGGGAAAUAUGGAAAGUAUGCAAUUACAGACAUCAUCCUGUUUUGAGGCAAAAAUGUCAACUAAUAAAGAACAGUCUAGUGAAAUCACCAAAGAUGGUGAGUUAGCUUUUGCCAAUACCCCAAAGAGAGGAAGACCUAAAGGGAGUAUUUCAAGGACAUGUUCUCAUUGUGGUCUUUUGGCUUCUAGUAUUACAAACUUGACAGUUCAUAUUAGACGGAAACAUAGUCACCAAUAUAGUUAUUUAUGUAAAGUAUGUAAUUACUACACUGUAACUAAGGGAGAUAUGGAACGCCACUGUGCCACCAAGAAACAUAAAGGACGUGUAGAAGUAGACGCAAAUGGAAAGCAAGGGUCAGAUAUUAUUGUUUGCCCUGAAGAGAGUGAUCUUGAGGCUUCUAGGAAAAUGACUGCCAGCCCAGUAGGUCCUUUAGAUGGAAAUGUUGAUAGUGGUAAUGAGUCAGUUGAAUUGGGUAAUGCCAACUUUGAAAAAUUGUCAAUAGAACAUGGAAAAAGAGUUGAAGUAGAAGUUGAAAAUGCCCUUCAUUCUUUAGGUCAACAGGGGAAUGAGUGUCUUACUGACGAAAAGGAGUCAAUCCCUCACAAAUCAGAGGACCUAAUUCAGGAGGUUGAGAAGAGUGCUACAGUUACAAGUGAUAACAAAUGUAUACAUUGUGAGUUUGUUGCUCACUCUUCUGCUUCUUUAGAACUCCAUGUAAAACGGAAACAUACAAAAGAAUUUGAAUAUUAUUGCAUGGCAUGUGACUACUAUGCAGUUACUCGCCGGGAAAUGACAAGGCAUGCAGCGACAGAGAAACAUAAAAUUAAAAGACAGUCUUAUGUUAGUUGUUCUUCUGGUGAUGAGGGAAAUGCCACAGAUAUUUCUAAAAAAAUCAUUGUCUUGCAUGAACAAGAACAAGAGCAAGAUUCUAAAGAACUACAAAUAAAUUCUGACCAAGCAGGAUAUACCCUUGAUAUAAGUGAAUCAGAUGUGGCUAAACCUAGAAGAACUGAUGAUUGUCUUCUCUUAGAUGAGAAUAUCAAUGUAGACAUUUCCAAUGUAAUCUGUAAUCCUGAUUCAGUAGAGGUUGAGACUAGGGGAGAAUAUGACCUUAAAGAAGAUCAUUCUAUUGUUGAGGCAUUCCAUCAACCCCUUGCCAAAGAUAAAGUUUUGAAAUCUGAGGAGAUGGUACCCUCUAAAGAAAGCUCUGCUAAUGACUCACCCAAAAUAUAUCAAAACCCAAAUCAAGGAAGUCUGGAUUUAAAUUGUGAGAUAGUAAAGAAAAACCAAGGUGUAACAAAUGAUGUGAGUGGUCCAGAUAUUCAUUGUCAGAAAACUGAGGAGAAUUUGAGUGAAAAUGGAGGAAAAAUUGAUGGUGAACAGGCAAGUACUGCAUCUCUAGAUGGAGGACAUCAAACUGAAAGUAAUCCUUCAAUUGUCCUAAGAGAAGCCACUGAGCAGUCCAACCUUGGUGAAGACAAAGUUGAAAACAUUAAUAGUUCUGAGGAUGGCAAAAGCUUGCAAGAAGAAUCUGUUGUGAAAGAACCACUUAUGGAUUCGCAGUAUGAAAACGAAAUCAUUUUGGAAGGGGAAUGCCCAGAACCUAACACACAAGAAUAUAAUGAAACUUUUGAAACUAUUGGUAUUGACGAUAAAGGAAGGUCCAUGUAUACCUUUGACCAGUUUGAUUCUUCUAUUGUAAGAAUAAAGAACCAUGAGGAUGAUGACCCAGCAGAGCAAUCUGAGGAGAGUUUGAUAGCUGGAGUGAAAAUCAAUGAGUUACCUUUCAAAGACCCUAUACAAGGUUUAAAAAGGAAAAAACCUGAAGGAAAUUCCCUUAUUGAAUCCACUCGUAUACGUUGUGAUGACUGUGGCUUUUUAGCAGAUGGUUUGAGUGGACUAAAUGUUCACAUAGCUAUGAAGCAUCCUUCAAAGGAGAAACAUUUUCAUUGCUUAUUAUGUGGAAAAUCAUUUUAUACAGAAAGUAAUCUCCACCAGCAUUUGGCUAGUGCUGGUCAUAUGAGAAAUGAACAGGCCAGUGUGGAAGAGCUUCCAGAAGGAGGAGCCACUUUUAAAUGUGUCAAGUGCACAGAGCCCUUUGAUUCUGAGCAGAAUUUAUUCCUUCACAUUAAAGGACAACAUGAAGAAUUGCUUCGGGAAGUGAAUAAAUAUAUAGUGGAAGACACUGAGCAAAUCAACCGUGAGAGAGAAGAGAAUCAGGGAAAUGUUUGCAAGUAUUGUGGAAAGAUGUGUCGAAGUAGCAAUUCCAUGGCAUUUCUAGCACAUAUUCGUACUCAUACAGGAUCAAAGCCAUUCAAGUGCAAGAUUUGCCACUUUGCAACAGCUCAGCUUGGAGAUGCCAGGAACCACGUCAAGAGGCACCUUGGGAUGAGGGAAUACAAGUGUCAUGUCUGUGGGGUUGCCUUUGUGAUGAAGAAGCAUUUAAAUACUCAUCUACUAGGCAAGCAUGGAGUUGGUACACCAAAAGAAAGGAAAUUUACAUGCCACUUAUGUGAUCGAAGUUUUACAGAGAAGUGGGCCCUAAACAACCACAUGAAACUCCACACAGGAGAAAAACCAUUUAAAUGUACCUGGCCCACUUGCCAUUAUUCAUUCCUCACAGCCUCCGCUAUGAAAGACCACUACAGAACUCAUACAGGCGAGAAGUCAUUCCUGUGUGACCUUUGUGGCUUUGCCGGUGGGACGCGGCAUGCCCUCACCAAGCAUCGGAGGCAGCACACAGGAGAGAAACCAUUCAAAUGCGAUGAGUGUAACUUUGCCUCCACAACUCAGUCACAUCUGACUCGACAUAAACGGGUUCAUACAGGAGAAAAACCCUACAGAUGUCCCUGGUGUGAUUACAGAUCAAAUUGUGCAGAAAAUAUCCGCAAGCAUAUUUUACAUACCGGUAAACAUGAAGGAGUCAAGAUGUACAACUGCCCCAAAUGUGACUAUGGAACAAAUAUUCCUGUGGAAUUCCGUAACCACUUGAAAGAACAGCACCCUGAUAUUGAAAACCCUGACCUGGCUUACUUACAUGCUGGAAUUGUCUCCAAGUCCUAUGAAUGCCGCCUAAAGGGACAGGGAGCAACCUUUGUGGAAACAGACAGUCCUUUCACUGCAGCUGCCCUGGCAGAAGGGUCUCCAGUCAAAGAAAAGUCCCUUAGAAGCAGCAAGAGGCAAGCACAGUCAGCCGAGCAAGUACAGCAAGUCAUCAUUAUUCAAGGCUACAAUGGUGACUUUGCAAUUGAUGCCUCCGUGGAGGAAACUGCAGCCGCCACCCUCCAGACUUUGGCAAUGGCUGGCCAAGUGGCAAGGGUGGUUCAUAUUACAGAAGAUGGGCAGGUCAUCGCCACAAGUCAAAAUGGGUCCCACGUGGGCAGCGUAGUACCAGGACAGAUUCUCACCGAGCAGUUAGCAGAUGGCGCCACACAAGUGGUGGUUGUAGAAGGCUCGGUGGGAGGCACCGAAGUGGGAGAAUCUGCUGACUCUGAUGGUGCUGUGAUGCAGCAAGUGAUGAAGCAGGAAAUCUUAGAUAUUGCUGAGGCUUCAGCACCUCCUUCUGACUCAUCUUCUGCACUUGAUGCAUUGCUUUGUGCUGUCACUGAACUAGGAGAAGCAGAAAAUAGGACUGGACCCCAGGAGAGAACUAGGUCUGGUCAUAAAGAUGUCUUGAUACAGAUGCCCAGUCAUGAGGCAUCCAGCGUUCCUGCUGAGCCUGAAACGCAAGAAAUACAGAUGUUUCAUGAGAUUCAGGAAAGUCCCUCAGACGUAGAACCUAUGGAAGUAGUGACCCAGGUCAUGCGCCCAUCAACCAUCAUCGCAUCUCAGGAGCGAGCACAGGUUGCCUUUAAAAAGAUGGUUCAGGGAGUACUCCAAUUUGCUGUCUGUGACACAGCAGCAGCAGACCAGCUGAUGAAAGAGGGUGUCACUCAGGUCAUUGUCAAUCAGGAAGGAACCGUUCAUAUGGUGGCCAGGGAAGGGUCUCAGAUCAUAAUGCAAGAAGCAGGGAGUCAUGCCCUGAGCAUGCAAGGAGAACACGUGGAUCUGGUUGAAUCUGAAGGGGAGAUCUCACAAAUCAUUGUGACUGAAGAACUAGCCCAAGCCAUGGUCCAAGACUCCAGUGGCAGCUUCACAGAAGGCACCACGCAUUAUAUCGUCACUGAAUUGCCCCAGGAGGUGCAGGAUGAACCGGGUGUGUACUCCCACACUGUGAUUGAGGCCACUGACUCUCAGGAGGUUUUGCAGGCUGACACUACUCUAAAUGCUGAAGCCUCGGCCCCUGAUGGUACAGGGGAGCAGUUAACAAGCAUGGUCAUUUACACACAGGGCGGCUCCCCAACUGCAGCAGUAAUUCAGAGCCAAAGAGAAAGGAAUGAACUUCAAGAGCUGCAGGAAGCAUGAAACCCUGCAUUUUGUAAGUUUGAACCACAGAGAAGUAACAGACGUGGGUAGGCACUACUUUCCUUGAACUUCACUUGUAAAGCCUUCCAAAUAAUGAUGGCAUUGCUCCAUCCGGGUACCAAAUAUGCAGUUGCUGUGAGGUUAAUGUCAGCUCCUGUGACAGGUCUCACCAUCCGCUUCACAAGCUGAAGAAUUCUGCCCACAUUGCAGAGUGGGAUUCAGAAAGUUGAACAGGCAGACUAGGUUGCGAAAUGGAAAAAAAAAAUCGCCAAAAAGAAAUCUGAUGGGUUUGUUGUUCUUUGUUUGGGUUGUACCCUUUUGUUGCAAUAUGGCUCCCUGAUUUGAUCCCCCAUUUCUUGUCCACUUGUUGUUUCUAAGAAGAUACUCACUUGUUUCUGACUUCUAAAAAAUGUUGUUUUUUUUUUUUCCCCAUUCCACUUUUUAAAAUAUUUUCCCUUGAGAAGGAAAACCAGAAAACUAUGCCUUUUGACUUAAGACAUUUCUGCUCUUAUAGUCUGGCAUGCUUACUAUUUUUAACAACAUUUUAUACAAUUGGUUAAAAUUAGCAGCUACAUUUAUUAUACUUUAUAAACAGUAAAACUUUCAUUUAGUUUCCUGAAAGUUUAGGAUCACAGUGCCCCCAAAUAAAGCAGGGAAGUAUAAGUUGGUUCACAUUUUACAUAUAAAGCCUCUCUCUUUGAACAUGCUUACUUAAUUCAUUGUUGUUCAUUGCAAAGAUUUCCUUUUAAGCGUAUGGUUAAGAAAACAGUGAACUAUGUAUUCAGUAAAACUAGACCUUGGUUUAGAAAGACCUGAUGCCUGUAAUUUUGACACCAUUUCAUACAUAGUCUGUAUAUGAAAUGUGCAUUCUGGGAAAUACUGUUCAUAUCAAUAUUUUGCCCUUUUAAAAAUGGUUCUUCAUAUAAAUAUCAUUUUGCAGGGUUUUUGUGAGUGACUUUGAAAUGUUGGGCUUUUAUGAAAAUUCUGACAUUGACAUUGCAAGUAGAAAAAAAUGACCUUGUAAUCUAUUGUUUUGAACCAGAAUGCCACUUAUUUGUGUUUAGAUGUGGACUUACAGCAACUGUUCAAUGCAAGUUCAUGUUCACAUAAUUUGUUCUUGAUUUAAUUGCUUUUAUUUCUUUAAAAAAAAAAAUUGUAAAAUAGCUCCUCCUCCUCAAUGCUAAGGUUGUUUUAAGGUUUGUUUUGGUUUUGAUUUGUUUGGGUUUUCUUUAAAAUAAAAUGAUAGCAUU